AAAAAAAAAAAAAAAAGGAAAAAAAAACUAAAAUAGGAAAUAUAAUUCCCCUCCCAACUUCCAAAAAUCCUCUCACCAUUUCAACCACCAUUCCGAUCUCAAAACCCUAGCGGGGCCGAAAUCAUGAAGCUCAGCGAUAGAGCUUCGGUUUCUGGUUUCAGCUUCUGAUUGCUGAGUGAAAGAUUUUGUUUUUGUUUUUGUUCUUGUUUUUGGAGAAAUUCGGGAGAGAUUUCGGAUCUUUUUACUGGUUUCUGCUGAAGGAAGCAAGAGAUCGACGGGGAUCCAAGCUAAAACUCGUCGACCUUUCUGCCGCUGCUGUAGGAUAAGUUUGUAGCGGUUCUUGAGGUCUAACUUACCGUGGGCUUGGAUUCAUCUGAGGGUUUUUUGUGAUGUCGGCUAAAGUGAAGGAAUCUCCUUCGUCUUCGACAUUAGAGUUGGAUCCGUUGCUCAAAGAUCUCACUGAGAAGAAGCUGAGCUUUAGAAAGAACGUUGUUUCUUUGGCAGCGGAGCUUAAAGAUGUGCGAAAUCGAUUGGCUUCGCAAGAGGAGUCCUUUAUCCGAGAAUCAGAAUCCAGAAAGGUAGCCGAGAUGAAGGCAAAGAGCAUGGAGGAGGAGGUUGGUAAAUUGCAGUUGUGUUUAGAAGAGAGGAAUCAUCAGUUGCAAUCAUCGAGUUCUAGUCGUGAGGAGUACCUCAAGGAGUUGGAUGACUUGAGAUCACAGCUCUCAUUUACUCAAGCUACUGCUGAGGCUAGUGCUGCAUCAGCUCAAUCAGCCCAGUCUCAGUGUCUCUCCUUGUUGAGAGAAUUGGAUGAGAAAAAUAAUUCGAUAAAAGAGAAUGAGAUCCGAGUAAAUAAGCUGGGAGAGCAGUUAGAUUAUUUGCAGAAGGAUCUCCAAGCAAGAGAGCUUUCACAACAACAACUAAAAGAUGAAGUGUUGCGAGUAGAGAAGGAGAUUAUGCAAGCUGUCACAAAAGCUGGAGUCAACAAAGACUCUGAGCUCAGAAAGAUUUUGGAUGAAGUUUCUCCAAAAAAUUUUGAGAAGAUGAAUAAACUUUUGGAUGCCAAGGAUGGUGAGAUUGCUCGGUUGAGAGAUGAGAUUAGAUUUUUGUCUUCCCAUUGGAAACAUAAAACCAAAGAACUUGAAUCACAGCUAGAAAAGCAUCGGAGGGCUGACCAGGAACUCAAAAAGAAGGUGCUGAAGCUAGAGUUUUGUCUGCAAGAGGCACGAUCCCAAAUACGAAAGGUUCAAAGGGCUGGAGAGAGAAGGGACAAAGCCCUGAAAGAACUCAGAGACCAAGUGGCAAUGAAGCAACAAAAUGGUGGUGGUUCUAAUGGCAAGCAGAACUUCUGGGAAAGCUCAGGUUUCAAGGUCAUCGUCUCAAUGUCUAUGUUGAUCUUAGUUGCUUUCUCGAGGCGCUGACUUAUUUAUCUUCCCCUGUUGCUCUCCUUUAGUCCUUCAGAAGAAAGAGAAGAGAGAGAGAAUGUAGAUAGAUGUCUGUUAACUUUGUAGAACAGUACUAGUAAAUGUUAUGAAGAGGAAGACAGUUAGCAAUAUAAAGCAUCUCGACUUGAAAA